AUGUCCGACCUCGUAAAGGUCUUUCUGCAUGACCCAAUGGAGCUCGUAACGCUGGCCCUUUUCUUACUCAUGCCAAGGCGAUACGAACGUGAUUCAGUCGUACGAAAAAGCCUAAGGAAAGAUUUUACGGAAAGUCAGUCAAAUUUAAUUGAAAUGAAACUACGUACUCGUCUUUUUCCUGCCAAAAACUUGGAUUUGGAUAAGAAAAAUCAGUGUUGUGAUGAUGAAGAUGAAUGGAAAAGUCCUCCUUAUGUCAAAGCUAAUGUUGUUGAGAAGGUGAAAGGUAGUGGAAAGAGUGAGGUUUUAAAUUUAAAAUUGAAACACAAAUUCUAAAGAUAGGGCAGUAACUUAGAGUGUAGUAUAAUACCAUAGAGGUAGAGCUAGAAGGUAGGGUAAGGUAGGCUAGAAUAGAGUGGAACAGGAUAUGGUAGGGUAAUGCAGUAAAUUAGGUAGAGCUAGAGGGUAGGAUAGGUUAGAAUAGAGAAGAGCAGAAGUAGGAUAAAGUGCCGCAGUAAAUUUGAGUAUGUUAAGGUAGAAGUAGAGCUAAGGGGUUGAGUAGGUCAAGAUAGGGCAAAGUAAAGAAGGAUAGAGUAAAGUGGUGAGUCAAGUAGAGCAAGGCAAAGAAUGGCUAACAUAUGGUCGUUCUAGGGCAAGGCAAUAGUAUCGGCUGUGGUUUAUUACAGGAGGGCGAAGGGAGGAUACGGUAGGGUAAGGUAGGACAGGGUAGAGUAGGCUAGGGUAAGGUAGGGUAGGGAAGGGUAAGGUAGGGUAGGGUAGGGUAGGGUAGGGUAGGGUAGGGUAGGGUAGGGUAGGGUAGGGUAGGGUAGGGUAGGGUAGGGUAGGGUAGGGUAGGGUAGGGUAGGGUAGGGUAGGGUAGGGUAGGGUAGGGUAGGGUAGGGUAGGGUAGGGUAGGGUAGGGUAGGGUAGGGUAGGGUAGGGUACGGUACGGUAGGGUACGGUAACUAGCCUUAUAUACAGUAUUUUUCCAGGAAAACGCCACUAUCAAACCCACGAAGACACUCGUUAUAAGCCCCGCUCCACUCCCAAAGCGAAAGUCAUUAAAAAGUCAGACAAAGCUACAGUACCACUUCAAAGAGUACCAUCACUGGAAAGCCUACUAACUUUGGCUGAAAGUCGACCAAUGACUCCGGUCGAUGAAACUUAUACCAAAACAGCACUACCAACGAAAUACGUACCAUUUAGUCGCUACAUUAAAUUGGUCGAUAGUUGGGACAAAGUGGAACUGGUCGAUUGUUUCGAGCCAUUUCUGUAUAAUAUUGAAGAAGAUCGGUUUUAUCGACAGACUAUGGUUUAA